GGCUCCUGCCUCUCACUCGCUCUUCUCUGCUCAGAUCCCUCUCACUCGAGAGCCUCUUGCUUUGUUCCCUUCAGCUUGCUGUGGGAAGUCGCCGAAAAACUUUUCCUCCAGCAAUGCGUCUCCCUGCGAUCCUGUUUUGUGUUCUCUGGUCUACGGUGUCCGCCGAGAAUUCGGAUGAUUAUGAACUCAUGUAUGUGAAUUUGGACAACGAAAUAGACAAUGGAAUCCAUCCCACUGAAGACCCUUCGCUGUGCGACUGCCGUCAGGAGCGCUCCGAAUGGGACAAGCUCUUCAUCAUGCUGGAGAACUCGCAGAUGAGGGAAGGCAUGCUGCUGCAGGCUGCGGACGACGUCCUCCGGGGCGAGCUGCAGAGACUGCGGGCGGAGCUGAACCGACUCGCAAGCAGCCUGGUGAGACCACGCACGCCUGCGCCCCCCGGGGAGGCCAAGCUGGCCCGGGCGCUGGACGAGCUGCUGCAGGCGAGCCGCGACGCGAGCCGCAGGCUGGAGCUCCUGGAGGAUGCCCAGGCGCAGCGCCGGGAGGAGGCGGGGCGCGCCAUGGACACGAUGCUCCAGGAGCUGCAGCAGACCCGAGCCGACCUCCGCGCCGUGCGGGACAGAGCGGCCCAGCGCUUGCUGCCUGCAGAUUGUGAAACAGCGAUUUUAUUCCCAAUGCGUUCCAAGAAGAUUUUUGGAAGUGUGCAUCCCAUGACGCCAAUGAAGCUUGAGUCUUUUAGUGCCUGCAUGUGGAUCAAAGCCACAGACGUUUUAAACAAAACCAUCCUGUUUUCCUAUGGCACAAAGAGGAACCCAUAUGAAAUCCAGCUGUACCUCAGCUACCAGUCCACAGUGCUCGUGGUAGGUGGAGAGGAGAACAAACUAGUUGCCGAUACCGUGAUUCCCCUUGGAAAGUGGACCCAUCUGUGUGGUACCUGGAAGUCAGAGAAAGGACACCUGUCCUUGUGGGUAAGUGGUGAACUGGCAGCUACCACUGUAGAGAUGGCUACAGGUCACGUUGUUCCUGAGGGAGGAAUCCUGCAGGUGGGUCAAGAAAAGAAUGGCUGCUGUGUGGGUGGUAGCUUUGAUGAAAGCUUAGCCUUUUCUGGAAGACUCACAGGCUUCAAUAUCUGGGAUCGGGUUCUCAGCAAGGAAGAGAUAAAGGAGAUGGGAGGAGCAGAGUCAUGUCGCAUCCGGGGAAAUGUUGUUGGGUGGGGAGUCACAGAGAUUCAGCCGCACGGAGGAGCUCAGUAUGUUUCAUAGGUGUUGUGAAACUCUACUUGAAGCCAAAGAAAGAAACUCAUGUUAUACAUAUAUGCCCAGCUGGGACAGUCUAAAAACUUUAGUGCAUAAUGAGAACGCUUCAGACUGAUGAAGGAGAAAGUUGAGAUCAAUCUUUAUUUAUCUUGGCAAAAUACUGAAUAAACAAUUGAGGGAAAGACAUUGGAGAAGGCUUUCAUGGAUACUGUUACUGGACUUUAUGCCAUGGUGCUUUCAGAUUAAUGCCGUAUCUUUGUCAGAUAAACUCUCAACUAAUUAAAAAGGACUGUAUUGUUGAACAGAAGGAUAAUUGUUUUACUUUCCUUUGGUUAAUUUUGUUUUGGCCAGAGAUGAAUUUUCCAUUGGAAGAAUAAUAAAAUAACAUUUGUUGUCCAUUAUUCAUUGUUAUUGGUAUGUACCGUAUUAUGAAGAAUGAUGAUAAAACAUAUUUAUACUACAAUGUGAUUUAAAUACAAAUGUAGUUUAUGUGUUAUAAUUGAAUGUCACUUUUUUGAGAAGAUAGUUGUAAAAGUUAUAUUGUAAAAUGGCUUUGUAUUAAUUUUAUUAAGACUAUUUUUGUAAAGCUCUA